CGCACGGGAGCGCACGUGCAGUUCUGUCUUUGCCCUCACUAGAUGAAGAAAACGUUUGAUUUAUUUACUAUCCUGGUGGAAUUUGAAGCUAACGACACUUAUAACUGGUUUGUGCAGCGCGGGGGAAAAGAAGAGAGAAAAGAUGAUCCGCGCAAAAGACAAGCAGCAGCAGCGUCUUCCAGCUAAUCCCCGAACCCUGAUCCCGUCCCUGCUGUCUCUGUCCACACCUCCACCUGUCCUCCACUCAGACCCUCUCCUGCGCACAGGGACACGAAUGCCAAGCAGAGGACCUCCUGCAGGACAUCCAUUUUCCUCUGCACAGACUGUCAGACCUGCUACUUCACCGGGCCUCCUCGGUCCAUAUCCACUGCUGCGGAAUGCAGUGCCCAUGCCCCGACGACCAGAGAUGUCACCGUAUCGUGGGAAGCAGCUACACCCACCUUUUCUAUCUUCAGGAGGAGGUCGGUCUCUUCUCGGUGCCGCUCCUGUCGGUGUGCCACUGAGGACACCACGUAUGGCUUUUCUACCUGAACAUCACAAUGAGUCACGCGGAGCUUUCAUGAAUAAGGAAGGUUAUCUUCAAAGAAAGAGGCACAACGAGCAUGUUGCUGAAGAGAAAAGUAAUGGACAGAUGAGCAAAUUCAGAACAGAUGUAAAAACAAAAGAGGGUAAGAAACUAAAAGCAUCUGUUGAAAAUCAGGCCUCAUCCUCUGAGCAAACAGAGCCACCUGGGAAAAAGCAGAAGAAUCAUGGAGCCACUGAGAUGGUGGAUGAGUGUGAAGAUGGAGGCGCAGAGCAGAAAUCAGCAGAUUCAUCAACGAUGCGAGAGCAGGAAGAGGAGGAAUGUCCAGCUGCUGAAGCUGACAAGGAAGUGGAGCAGAGCAGGACAGCAGAGGUGCUGGGUGUAGGCACAUCUCUUAAGGUGACCAUUCAGCGCAGCAGUGAGAGUCGAGCCUUCAGCACUGGAUCGGAGGAGGCAGCAGCCACUGCAGGCCUGGCCAUGGAAAAAGACAUGAGCAUGACUGCAGACAAAUACUGUUGCUAUAUCUGCAAUGUCACAUCUCCUGACCAACAUGAAUUUCAGACUCACAUGAUCAGUUUGGAACAUCAGCAGAAGAUGAUGGAGAUUCAGCACCUGAGCAACACCUGCCUGGCAACACUGCUACCCAAAAUGCACCAAUCACUCCAGGGCAAAUACAGAAACCUGCAGCGCUGGUGUGCAAUCUGCCAGUGUCACUUUACUGGUGAUCUUAUCGAACACAGAAGAACUAAAAAGCACAAGAUGGCAAAAGUCUGUUCCAGACCAUUCUGCACGGUGUGUGAGCGACACUUCAGAACUCCUCGCAAGUUUGUGGAGCACAUGAAGUCCCCAGAACACAAACAGCAGGUUGAGGAGCUAAAAGAAGAAGGAGGACCUGAAGUUAUGGAGGAACUCAUAACAUUAGAUGCCAUAGGUUGCUUUGAAGAUGAAGAGGAGUAUGAGGAAGAAGGAGACGAGGAGGAAGACAUGGUGUCUGAACAGGUUACUACAGCAGAGAUCAAUGAUAAUAAAGAGUUUGAUCCAGACACACAAUAUGGCACCAGUUUUGUAGUCCCUGUAGCAGGCUUCCUCUGUAAACUCUGCCAUAAGUUCUACCACUUUGAGUCCCGAGCUCGGGAGACACACUGCAAGUCUCUCACACACUACCAGAACUUACAGAAGUACAAGGCUAUGCUGAACCUACCUCAGGAGGAUGAGGAGAACCCAGCCAGUUGCUUGGGUAAUGUUCAGAAUGUUGAGAACAGCAGUGGAUGCACUGCAGAGAUGAAGGACAGACAUGAGGAGGAGAAGAACCAGACAGCUUUCAUUACACACCCAGCUGCUGCCCACACUAAGACGCAACACUCAGAAUCCCACCACAAAAGUCCAACCGCAAAACCAGUCCCUGAGUCCUGAUCCACAAAACCCUAGUGUGGAUGUAAAGUGUCUGACUGCUGAAAAUAUCCCUGAUUUUUUUUCCGCACACAAAAAAGAAACCUCUUAGUAAGUCUAAGGAAACCUCAAAGGCACAUUGAUGUACAUACAGUAUUACUGCUAUAGUGCUGAUUCUGAAGAUCAGAAACUAUAGUCUGUUACUCCUGUGAUGGAAAUAGUGCUUCGGGUUUAGAUUAAACUUUCUUUCUUUUUAGCCAGUAACUAAAUUAAAUUGUAUAGUAAGUUUAUUACUUGAUCAUACAUACAGGAACAUCAUCAGUUUAUCAGUUUACCUCAUCACUUUUUAAACAUCCAGAUAAUCAUUGUCCCUAUUUCAGUUUCUCGGGAUGUCCUGGUGAUCUAAGUAUUAUAACUCAAAACGUGUUUUGUUUUCCUUUUUUUAUACCAUGAAUUUUUUAAUCCGUCAACGCUUUGAACAUUAUUUUAUUAUUUAUAUAAGUAUGUUUCUGUUUUUAUUUUUACUUACGGUACAUAUUUUGUGAAACUAAAAUAUGAUGAAGAGGCUGGAACCACAGUGUUCUGUCCAAUUUUCCAAUUUUGUUAAUAUUCUCCACAUAGAAUUAUAAACAUUAGCUUGAUGUUUAAACUACUACAAAGACUGAUAUGGAUAUACUGAGAUGGAAAUGAAGCAUCACUUUCAACCAAGACUUAAUUUACUAGCCAAAGGAUUUUAAUGACCAUCACUAAAUAUUCUAAUACUUAAAAAUAAAGAUUUACUGUUUUAAA